AAUAGCUGUCCGGCAGAGGGAUCAGGUUGUUUUCAAUUCUGCAGGAGAAUCCAUCAGUUUCAUUCCGGAAGGAAAAUCCUAGGUGAUUCAGGACAGGAUUUGGUACUGGCUGAGUCUUUCACCACAUAUGGUAAUUUUGCAUUGAAAUGACCUUAUUCUUCUAUCAAGAUUGGAGUGUUCAGGAUCCAGUCUUUGUGGGCCGUGCUUAGAAGUGUUUACACCGUGGACUUUGGAACUGAACUGAGUUCCAGUGAGAGUCGCAGACGUGCAGCCAUGAUUUUGAAGAAGUGGCUUUUGCUGGUGCUGUGGGUUCACAUGAGCUGCUGGGGCUCAGGAUCAUGUGGGAAGGUGCUGGUCUGGCCCGCUGAUGGCAGUCACUGGCUCAACAUAAAACUGGUGCUGGAGGAACUCUCCCUUCGGGGCCACGAUGUGACUGUGCUGAUGCCUUCAGCAAGUUUGCUCGUCGAUUACAAUGAGUCCUCUUCCCCAUUUGACUUUGAGGUCCUGUCGGUGCCCUUUACUAAGCAGACCGUGGAAGCCCUGUUGGAGGACUUCCUGCAUCUGUGGAUGUACCAGCUUCCCCAUCUGUCCUACUGGGAGGGCCUGGUGAAAUUGAUGGAAAGCAUGGCAGUCUUUAUCAAGAUGUCAAAGCAGACCUGUGACAGUGUCGUGCUGAACCCCGGGCUGAUAGCAAAGCUCCGGCAAGCGGGGUUUGAUGUCCUAAUCUCAGACCCUCUUUCUCCGGGCGGUGAGCUGAUAGCAGAGUUGCUUGAAAUCCCUUUUGUCUAUACUUUCCGGUUCUCUGAAGGGAACACAGUGGAGCGGCUGUGUGGGGGGCUUCCAGCCCCACCUUCGUACGUACCUGCCAGCACGGGGAGACUGACGGACAGGAUGUCCUUCAUGGAGAGAUUGGAAAAUAUGCUCUUUUAUGCUCUUCAGGAUGUUCUGUUUCACCAGGUUUUGUGGAGAGAAUGGAGUCAGUACUACAGCGAUGCUUUAGAUGGCAGUCACUGGCUCAACAUAAAACUGGUGCUGGAGGAACUCUCCCUUCGGGGCCAUGAUGUGACUGUGCUGAUGCCUUCAGCAAGUUUGCUCGUCGAUUACAAUGAGUCCUCUUCCCCAUUUGACUUUGAGGUCCUGUCGGUGCCCUUUACUAAGCAGACCGUGGAAGCCCUGUUGGAGGACUUCCUGCAUCUGUGGAUGUACCAGCUUCCCCAUCUGUCCUACUGGAAGAUCAUGUUGAAAAUGAAAGAAUCCAUUGAAGUCUUUAUCAAGAUGUCAAAGCAGACCUGUGACAGUGUCGUGCUGAACCCCGGGCUGAUAGCAAAGCUCCGGCAAGCGGGGUUUGAUGUCCUAAUCUCAGACCCUCUUUCUCCGGGCGGUGAGCUGAUAGCAGAGUUGCUUGAAAUCUCUUUUGUCUAUACUUUCCGGUUCUCUGAAGGGAACACAGUGGAGCGGCUGUGUGGGGGGCUUCCAGCCCCACCUUCGUACGUACCUGCCAGCACGGGGAGACUGACGGACAGGAUGUCCUUCAUGGAGAGAUUGGAAAAUAUGCUCUUUUAUGCUCUUCAGGAUGUUCUGUUUCACCAGGUUUUGUGGAGAGAAUGGAGUCAGUACUACAGCGAUGCUUUAGGAAGGCCCACGACGCUGUGUGAAACGAUGGGCAAAGCAGAGAUGUGGCUGAUCCGAACGUACUGGGAUUUUGAAUUCCCUCGCCCUUUCCUGCCUAACUUUGAGUUUGUUGGGGGACUCCACUGCAAGCCUGCAAAGCCUUUACCUGAGGAAAUGGAAGAGUUUGUCCAGAGUUCAGGGGAACAUGGUAUCGUGGUGUUUUCUUUUGGCUCAAUGAUUUACAACUUAACCGAGGAGAAAAGUAAAAUGGUUGCCUUGGCCCUCAGCCAGGUUCCACAAAAGGUUCUUUGGAGGUACAAAGGGAAGAAACCAGAAACUUUAGGACCCAACACUAGGAUUUAUGACUGGAUACCCCAGAAUGACCUGCUUGGCCACCCCAAGGCCAAAGCCUUUAUUACUCAUGGUGGAACCAACGGGAUCUAUGAAGCUAUCUACCAUGGGAUUCCCAUGGUUGGGAUUCCCUUGUUCGCUGACCAGCCGGAUAACAUUGCUCACAUGAAGGCGAAAGGAAUGGCAGUCGAGCUGGAUUUUAACACAAUGCAAGCCCAGGAUUUAAUUGAUGCAUUGAAUGUGGUCAUUAACAACUCCAGCUAUAAAGAAAAUGCAGUGAGAUUAUCCCAGAUUCACCACGACCAGCCCAUAAAGCCUCUGGACAGAGCUGUCUUCUGGAUCGAAUUUGUCAUGCGCCAUAAAGGGGCAAAGCACUUGAGACCAGCAGCUCACGAGCUCACCUGGUACCAGUAUCACUGCCUGGACGUCCUGGCGUUCUUGCUCACCUGUGCAGCAGCUGCUGUUUUCAUUGCUGUCAAAUGCUGCUUGUUUUGCUGUAAGAAAUGUGGUAGGAUUGUAAAGAAGAAGAAAACGGAGUAGGUUUGCUGUUCCCCUGGGCCUGGUUCAGCUUGUUCGUGGUCCUGUUGAUCUAGGCACAUGCUUGAAGUGAGGUGCAUGCUGAAAUACCAUGCGUAGCCAGGGCCGUGUUCUGGUGAAGUAGUAU